AUGGAAGAAAAUUUUUCGCGGCUGGCUGCCAUUGCUAUACAUAAAAAUGAUUAUAUUGAAGAAGAUGAGGAUAAAAAAGUGCAAAAAAUCGAAAUCGGCACUCAAACAAAACUGAAUACGAGAAAAGGUAAAUACAGUUGUGUGACUCCCCGAUGCCAAAUUAUUAUUCCUAAUCAGAAACCAAAACGACGGAAAGUGAGAUUAAUGGAUUGGAAAAAAUAUCACAAGCUCAAUAUAAUUUACGACUUUUUGGAUGAAUUGGAAAGGGAUUACCCCGCUAUUUGUACAGUCUCAGUCAUCGGCAAGUCAGUAGAGGGUAGAAGCAUUAAGAUGCUAAAGAUUUCAAACAGUGACGCUAGUAAUUCACCCGUGUGGUUGGACGCUUCCAUACACCCCCGAGAAUGGAUCACUACGGCUGUUAUUACUUAUAUAGCUGACAUCUUAGCCAGAAAUUUUCAUAAUCUUUCAGAGUCAGUCACUAAUAAAGAUUGGCACAUUGUACCAGUACUUAAUCCAGACGGGUACGAGUUCACUCACAAUCAUGACCGCAUGUGGAGAAAGAAUCGCGCAACAUAUGGAGGGAAAUGUGUUGGCGUUGAUCUUAAUCGAAACUUCAGUUGCGGGUGGGGAAGCAACGGUGACCAAGGUUCUUCAGAUGAACCAAAUAACGUAUUCUACAGAGGACCUGCACCCUUUUCAGAACCUGAAACCGUAGCAGUGAGGGAUACCAUAAUGAGUUCGAGGACACCUUUUAAAGUAUUUCUGUCGUUUCAUAGCUACUUCGAAUUAAUAAUUUUCCCAUGGGGACAUAAAACAGAUGCAUGUCCAGAUUAUCUUAAUUUGCUAGAAGGCGGUACAAUUAUGGCAAGGGCAAUCUACGAAACCAGUGGCAUCACCUAUAAGGUUGGCAGCACCAAGGACUUGACGUAUUAUGCGUGUGGGACUAGUACGGACUGGAGCUACACAAUGGCAAAUAUACCGUUCUCUUAUAUGAUAGAGCUAAGAAGCAGAAAACAUAAAUUUAGACUGCCGAAAGAUCAGAUAAUCGAAACAGGAAAAGAAAUAUGGAAUGCUGUGAAGAAACUUAUGGAUUUUGUAGAUGAAAAAAGAUAA